AUGGGUAGACCAAAGCUUUACAAAACCACUGAAGAACUCUGGGAAGCAAAACAAGUGCACAGACAGGUGUACUAUACACGACACAAGAAUAAAAUCAGUACAAAAAUGAAAGCAAGAUAUCGUGUGCAGAAACAAAAUCGCCUAAUAACCUACUUAGGUGGUCCCCCUCACGAAACACUUGAUGCACUGUAUACCUGCUAUCUGGAGACAUGCUGCUCGGACAACAUUCAUGAUGUAAUGGGCAUCGUUCAGGAGAUUUUACAGGAGCUCAAAGAGAUCGAAGAUAGCAUGUCAGGAGGGAGAGCCAUGGAUAGAAGAUCAAUUAACAUUAAUAUGGCCCCUCAUAAAUGGACAACAUCCGAGCAGGAGGUGUGGCUUGAACCAUGGUACCAAAAAUUCGCCGAAAAGCAAAGUGACAAGAGUAGAAACCACAAAAACUUCUUUGCGGACCUUUACAAAAAAUGGUUCAAAGCAUUUCCAGAGCCUCGGCCAGAUCAUAUCACCAAAUUGGGGCCAUUAACACUGGAAGAACACAAUAACGCAACCGACAUACAGAAAGCUAAAUUACAUACACGGUUCAAGAAUAACUUCAGCAGGUUGAAGGUGGGGCGACAAGCAAAAGCCAAUGCAAAUGACAUCUUUGACGCUGUUGUGCACAAAAUAACCGAAUGUGAAAAACCUAUGCGAAUGCUUCAGGAACAGGAAGCAUAUUCCAAGUUGUACUAUGCUGACCGUGUUCAGAAAUCCAUCCAAGAGAUGCUCAAGGUUGCACAAGCAACACAAUCACUCACAAAUGGUCAGCGAGUAGCACUUGUGAAAAAAGAAACUGUGGCCCUGUAUGCUGGCGAGUCUGAGGAGAUCAAGGCUAAAGUGAAGGAGUAUAUCCAUGCACAGAAGCAAGAGCACAGUAAGGAAAAAGCUGAGCCUUGGAGUGAUGAAGAUCAGCAGCGAAAUCUCACAAAGCUAGCCACUGUCGCAAAUCAAUUUCUGAAAGGCCUCACUGAUGCCACUGGCCUAUCCUUCAGCCUUCUCAUUGGGGGUCCAUCCAUCGAGUUAGGUGGGAUGAUUGAUGUCUGGAGCUUCCAUGUUGGGACAAUGAAGCUGGGCAAUAAUUUUAGCCAGGCUUACCCUAAAUUCGAGAGUGAGGUAGUGGGACCAUUUUGUGAUUAUCUGUAUUGUGUGUACCCGGAGGCUGCAGCACUCAAAGAUCGGAAGAUGGGAGGAGCUAGCAGCUCCAGUUCAUCGUGGGGAGAGAGCUUAUACAACGAGAAUCAGCCAUCAUAUCAUGCAUUGGAUAUGAUGAACGAGUUGUCCAAGCAGGAUACAUCUUUGACAAACAUGUUUGGAUCACCAGAUUUAUCCAACUUUCCUUCUUUGUCACAUGACCCAGAUGUAUCCGAGUUUCUGCCUUUGUCAAAUGGCCCUGGGUCUCCCAUAUUGACCUCUCCAGCAUCACAGCCCUCCAGCUCUGACAACAUUCUCUCUGGCAACAAUGAAUCAAACUGGCUGGUGUCCAAUGGCCUCAACAAUCUCUUAGAAACAUUGGCCCAGAAUCUGCCAAUUCCUCCUUUGCUGCCUUCCAUUCCUGUGGUUCCAGCUGCAGCUGAUACAUUCUAUUUUCCCCCACCACCCAAACUGUUUGAUGUACACCCUCAGCCGACUCACUUCCUGAUGCCCUUUCACCCUCAGCCAACUCAGCCCCUAGUGGAUUCACGCACCCAACUGCUCACCUCCCUGGAAAUGCAGAAGAGCCCAACAGCAACAGGCCAGAUGCACUCUCUGCAUCUUCAAUGGCAGAAGAUUCUACAGAGGACUUGCGUCCCUCACCCAUCCCGUCUCACACUUCCACUUCAGCAAACAUUGUCAAUGAGCCUUGAGUGGAUGAGGCUCAAAAUGACAAAGGGAAUGACAGCGGCAGACCCCGCAGAACAAGGUCAGCAAGCAAAAGUGCAAACAUUGGACCAGACCCUUGUGAACGCAGGUUCGGUUCUAGCUCAGAAUGCAUUUGAACACCCAAACCAAAAAGAGCCGCCAGGACAAAAUAAUGACAAGUUGAUCUGGGACACCGUGAAGGUGAGAAUGAGUGGAGCACUGGAAGCAAGGCUGUGA